CAGAACAGUCAUAGAAAAGAAAAAGAAGUAAGAACUUUUUCCCUGGGUGGACGUGUAAGUUUUAUUUCGUUCACAACCGAAAACGAUAUUUUACUCCAAAAAGCAGUGAAUCCACUGUUUGCAGCAACAAUAGUACACUACGGUCUUGGCACUUGCAAUUGCUGGAGAUUGUUCCAGUUGGUCGAAGUGUUGGUACGGACGGAAUACCAGGGGUUCGGGUGCUGGUCAACAUCAGCAACGAAACAACAAAAACGAUGAUAGCGGCAGAAAAUUUGGACCUUUCGUUCAAAGACCUAUCCUUGGAUGGGGGAACGGCCAGUGAAGAAAACAACAAAAUCCUCAAAUGGAAUCUACCGCUGAAAGAGUUGUACAAGCUGGCCUGCAGUUUCUACAAAGAAAAAUCUGGUAAAGCGAUUCACCUGAGCUACGAGGACAACUUAAAGCUGGUGGCUUUUACACAGCAGGCCGCAAAUGGACCUCUGGACCUGUCGAAGGCACCACCCCUGGGCAUGUUCGAUGUUAUUGGGAAAGAUCGCAGAAUAGCAUGGCAACAGUUGGGCACGAUUACGAAGCUGCAGGCGAUGGAAGGUUUCAUCGAUCUACUGGACCGUCUAUGUCCACUGUUUAAGCCGUACGUGGAAGCGAUCAAGAAGGACAAGGAAGAGAAGGCUCGCCGUGCCGAGCAGGAACAGAUUCAGCGCACGGAAGCGCUUGCCGCGGAGAAAGAACGCCAGGAAGAGUUGCUGCGGCUUGAGAAUGAAAAGAAUCGCGAAGAGUUACAUCGACGGCAGCUGCAGGAUGCGCUAAACCAGCAGACUUACCACCAGUUCAAGGAGUAUGCCGAAAUUCAAUUUCCGGGCAAUCCGGAACAGCAAGCCGUGUUGAUACGGCAGCUUCAGAACGAGCACUAUCACCAGUACAUGCAGCAGCUGCAGGCUCAGGUUGCGACCAAUUUGGCCCGCCUGAAAAGUAUAUCCGAUGGGGAGGACGAUGAUAAUCCUACCGCCGUCGUAUGUGAGAAUGGAACCGGUACCAAUGAAACAGCAGAAUUUGCGUGUGCUAACACCAAGGAAAAUAGUCAAUUCGAGUUUAAGGAACAGUGUGACAGUGACAAUGAUUCCGGCGAUUACGCAGUAAUCAGUCCCGCUAACAUGUGGACAAAGCCGGAUAUAAAACUAUUCAAGCAGGAAGUAAUGGCCGGAAAGGGCGAUGGUGUGAUACGCGUAAACCAUGGUGACACAGUGACGGUGAAAGUUCCAACACACGAAGGUGGUUCGUGUUUGUUCUGGGAGUUUGCAACCGACAGUUACGAUAUUGGAUUUGGCGUUUAUUUCGAGUGGGGUAAACCACCGACGACCGAAGUUUCGGUCCAUAUUAGCGAAAGUGACGAGGACGAUGAUACGAUAGAGGAAGAUGAAGAAGUGAUUUGUGCGGAAGAUCUUGAGUGUGGUCCGGUACAGAGCAGCCAAACGAGUAGCGUCGGAAGUGCGCUCGGUACGCGCAAUCCCAUCUCGAUCAUCAUACCGAUCUAUAGGCGCGAAUGUCACCAGGAGGUGUACGCCGGUUCCCAUACGUACCCGGGCGAAGGCACGUAUUUGCUCAAGUUUGACAACUCGUACAGCUUGUGGCGUCCGAAGACGCUCUACUACAAGGUUUUCUAUACGCGAUAAUCGAUUCGUACGGUAACAGUACGACGCACAGCAAAGCGACGGAGAAGGUUUCGAAGAGUUGGGAAUAUUCGCGCAAACGUAAAUCGCAGACAGGGGAACGUAAGCAUACCCUGAACUAUUUAAAGGAAAUAUUAUAUCGAAUAACUUAUGAACACUGGCACUUAACUGAACCUUCCUAUUUGUUUUUGCUGUGUGCGAGCGUAUGGUAACGACGGGAACCAUGGUAACUGUCGUUGCUGCAUUACUAUUCUACUACGUUGAUCGUUGUGAAGAGCUGUCAGUGUGUAACUAGGAAAAAAAGAAACUUGUUCCCUAGAUCCAAUAGAGUAUAUUAGUUGCAAAUGGUGGCCGGCACAGUGCCACAGGUGGUUAGAUAAGCAUAUCCGUGUUCCGUUCUUCUCGAGUCUAUUAGCGAAUGGCGGAUCGAUCAAUGCUGGAUGAUUCAUUCCAAAGUGUGUUUGAUAAUCGAGUUUGUAUUUGCAUUAAAACACCGUAGCCCUGAAACGAAACAUCUCCACUCCACUGACAAUGGACGACGGACGACAUGACACGGGAAAGGUGUGCGCGUGUCUGUGUGGUGAGAUUGUAAAACGGAAAUCAGAAGAAGAAGAUAAAAAAACGCAUCCCCAACAAACCCAGCACUUAAUAAACAAUAAUGGAUGUUGAUUGUUCAGCGAAAUAUAAAACUGUACGAAGCAGCCGAACGGAGAGAAGAAAAUAAAACCGACAAGUGGUAUACAUUUUGUUCAAUGUAAACAAAGGUGGUA